CAUACUUUAAUUCCGCCUCUCAUUCCCUCCCUCCCGAGCUGAACUCGACGCGCGAGGCACAACCGAUGGUACAAAGGAGCGCUGGAAUUUCACUAGAAAAAAGUACUUUGUUCAAAGCUAAGAAGAAAGAGCGUUAUAUUUGCAGUUACACCCCGAGGAGAACAGUCGAGUGGAAAAAGUCAGGGGAUUCUACGUUUGAGAAAUUUGCUGAUAAGGGCAGAAGUGGCCAUGCCAUUUGGCUGUUUAACGCUCGGGGAAAAGAAGGAUUACAACAAUCCCUCGGAGGUGACAGAUAAAUAUGACCUGGGACAGAUUGUUAAAUCGGAGGAGUUCUGUGAGAUCUUCAGGGCCAAGGACAAAAACACACUGAAAAUGUUUACUUGUAAAAAGUUCUUGAAAAAGGAUGGGAGGAAAGUUCGGAAGGCUGCAAAAAAUGAGAUAGUCAUUUUAAAGAUGGUGAAGCACCCCAAUAUUCUCCAGCUGGUGGAUGUCUAUGAGACCAGAAAAGAGUAUUUCCUCUUCCUUGAACUUGCUACAGGCAGAGAGGUAUUUGAUUGGAUCCUGGACCAGGGCUACUAUUCCGAGCGCGACACCAGUAAUGUGGUCCGUCAGGUGUUGGAGGCCGUCGCCUACCUUCACUCCCUGAACAUUGUCCACAGGAACCUCAAGCUGGAGAACUUGGUGUACUUUAACCGCCUGAAGCACUCCAAAAUAGUGAUCAGUGACUUCCACCUGGCCAAGCUGGAGACCGGGCUCAUCAAAGACCCUUGUGGAACCCCAGAGUACCUGGCACCAGAGGUGGUUGGGAGACAGAGAUACGGCAGGCCAGUGGACUGCUGGGCCCUGGGUGUCAUCAUGUACAUCCUGCUUUCAGGCAACCCUCCUUUCUAUGAUGAAACUGAUGAUGAUGACUAUGAAAACCAUGACAAGAACCUGUUCAGGAAGAUCUUGGCGGGGGACUAUGAGUUUGACUCUCCAUACUGGGACGACAUCUCAGAGUCAGCAAAAGGCCUGGUAACCCAUAUGAUGGAGGUAGACCAGGAUCAGAGGCUGACGGCUCAGGAGGCCAUCAACCAUGAGUGGAUCUCUGGAAAUGCGGCCUCAAAUAAGAAUAUUAAGGAUAAUGUCUGUGCACAAAUAGAGAAGAACUUUGCCAAAGCUAAGUGGAAGAAAGCAGUGCGGGUCACUACCAUGAUGAAGCGACUGAGAGCUCCAGAGCAGAGUGCUGACUUGGGGACUACCAGCCCAGCAGUAGCAACCAGCCCUGCAUCAGCAACCAGCCCAGCAGUAGCAACCAGCCAUGCAGCAGGAGAACCAGCCCCAGCUCCAGCAGACCCCCAGGCUCCCAGUAACCCCUCUGCAGCCGCUGCUGCUGCAGCUCCUGAGGAGGAGCCUGCUGCUGUCACAGAGCCCCCUGUUGAAAUGGAGGCCGUGGCAUGUGAUGCCAUUCCCCAGGCUGCAGCAGAUGUCACAGCGCCACCUCCGGCCCCUGAGGAGGCCAGCCCAGCGGAGGCCACCGCACCGGAGGUGGUUGAUCCUUUGUCACGGUGUAACGGAGAGGCCCCAACUCCCCUCCAACCGGCAGCUGAAGCUGGGGAUGAGCAGGGUUAAACGACCACCGCCCUCCUAUGGCCACCUUCACUCCCAGCAAUCCUCCUUCCUGCACACUGUACAUUAGCUGCUAGCAUGGUGACACUGACUCUGCUUAUCUCUCACUUGCAGCAUUAGUAACAUCUCACAGAGCCUGUGUGCUAUAUUUCCUGAGUGUUGAAUUUAUCUGGCUACAUUUUUAGAUGUAUUCUGUCUUUUUAAAACAGCCCUCUGGCCUUACAUGGGCUUUUUAUGUCUAAUGUAGCCCAGAUUUUGCCAUAUUAUGUUUGUUUGUUGGGGGAAAGGAGAUUUACUUUAUAGCUAACAGCUACAUAUUUUCCUCUGAACUUUCGACUUUGGUAAUGAAAGUGUAAUGUAAUUGUGCCAAACCUGCUUUGAUUUCCUCUUAAUGAGCCAAGUUUGGGAACUUUUCCCCCCAGUCCUACUCUCAUAAUAUUCCACUCCAUUAUCAUGGCAGUCAAUAAGGUAAUGAACAGCUUGUCUUUGCUCUUGUAGUGUUGAUUUUACAUAAUGAUCUGUAGAAUUCCUCCUCCACACCCCUCUCUACACAAUAAUCUAUUUUUUGGGGGUGAACAUUGCUCUCUUUGUUAUUUUUUGUAUACACUGAUCAGUAGUUAUGUCUGUGCUGCAGUAAGUAGGUUUACUGGGGGAUGCAGCAGACCCACUGUUAGUGAAUGGCAGCAUCCACACCAUACUCCCUCCCUGGCCAGCUUUCUGCUUAGGAAAGAACCACAUGGCUGUCAGUGUAAAGAUUCUGUAUAUAGAAACCUUUGUAGAAGUAACAAAAACAGCAUGCAUUCUUAACUUUUGCUGUUAAUUUCACAUUUGUAAGCACUUAGUGAAAAGAAAAACCCAUGCUAAUCCUGCUACUGACCUUUAAACUGGAAAUAUGAAGGUCUUUAUUUCUGCCAAGCUAGUUUAAUCUGUUCAUUAGGCUCCUGGUUGAGGGCUCUGCUGAGGCUCAUGUUUUGUUCCAAUGGACUACAUCAUUCCAUAAACUUCUAACUAUUCAUAUACUGUAUGUCCAGUGCCACUACUGUACAUGUCAGGUACAGUGGGGAGAACAAGUAUUUGAUACACUGCCGAUUUUGCAG